AUGGGAAGACCUUCUUCCUUUGUUUUCCUCUUCUCACUCCAUUCCUUCAUGGCUUUCUUAGCUUGGAGUGAUACAAAUAUUAUUACCGACAAAUCUGCACUUCUUGCCUUUAAAUCCUGUAUCACUUCAGAUCCACACAAUUUCUUAGCUAAUUGGUCUGUCUCUUCUUCUCCAUGCAGCUGGAUUGGUAUCACAUGCAAUACUCGUCACAGAAGAGUCCACUCCUUGAAUCUUGGUGGCAUGGAUCUUAAGGGUACCAUAUCUCCACAACUAGGAAAUCUCUCGUUCCUUGUUGAACUUGACCUCAGUGACAACGAUUUUCAUGAUCAAAUACCAAACGAGCUAGUUAAAUUGCAUAGAUUGGAACUACUCAAUUUGAGCUGCAAUGACUUUUAUGGGCAAGUUCCAACAGGGAUAGGAGGUUUAUCUUCACUUGAGAAACUAAAUCCUCGAAAUAAUAGUCUUAAUGGAAUUAUUCCACCAUCUCUAUUCAAUCUGACAAUGUUAGAGACAUUGGAUUGGAAUUUUAAUUCCAUUGAAGGGACCAUUCUACUUGAGGUGGGAAGACUUGAGAAAUUGACCAUUUUACGUCUUGCGGGUAACAAGCUUUUAGGAAACAUUCCCCGAACAAUUUCCAACUUAUCUUCACUUGAGUCAUUGAGUCUGUCUUAUAACAGUUUGUCAGGCAUUAUCUUUCUAAAGCAAAAUAGAGAUGAUGCUAACUAUACAACCAAAAGGGAUUUAACAAAUUUGGAUGCACCAACUAGGAUAUCCUAUUAUGAGAUUCUACAGGGUACAAAUGGAUUUGAUGAGAGCAAUCUUCUUGGCUCUGGAAGUUUUGAUCAGUGUACAAAGCAAUUCUUCCAAACGAAAAGGUAG